GCGUUUCGAACAUAGCAUUUCUUGUUUCAUAUCGCCCGUCGUCGCCUACUGUAUACCAUACAUUGUACGAUUGUCAUUAGAACACAAUCACUACACACUGCCGAGGCUUCUUCAACCACCACGGCUUUACUUGAGCCACUUCCGGUCAUCACAAAUCGCUCGAAUUGCUCCAACAUGACAAGCACAAAGUAUUUUACGGCACUCACGACCGUCACCGAAGACCUCGGCAGCAUUCUCAGCGAAAUGUACGGCUCGGAGACGCCCGACGGAGCUCGUCACGCCAUUGAAAUGAAGUAUGUAGUCGGUGGAGGUGGAGAGAAUCGCUUGGCUGAUGGUCUGACGAAGAGCGUUCGUUCUGUGCGCUCGGUUCACGAGUAUUUGGGUCACACGAAUGGGCACGACGACGACGAGGAUGCGACGAUGCGCGGCAUCUGGGCGGACACUAACGGCCAGCAGAGUGACGACGCGUUGAGCUACUACGCGCGACUCAAGAUCUCGUCCGUGCUCUGGUUCUAUCCCGCCGUGACGAGAAAGCAAGCUGAGACGAUGCUGGAUGGCAAGGUUCCCGGGACAUUUUUGGUGAGAAAUUCGAGACAAGUGGGUAACUUUGCUGUGUCUGUCUGUCUGCCUCCCGGAAUGGAGGUCGACAUCCAACAUUAUUUGAUCACUAGAGAUGAUGCAGGUUUGUGUUUCGAUCAGGCUGGACGGUACUUUGCUGAUUUGGAGGCUUUGGUGGCUCACUAUGUUGUCCACAUGAGUGACGGGAUGCCGUGUUUGCUAAAGUUGCCCACGUUGAUCGCCACGCCGACCACCAAACUCGAACUCACUCUGGCUGUAGAGAGGGAAGCAGAACGGAGAGCCAUGAUGGCGCUCAACGUGAUGUACUCACAAUUGUCUGAAGACAAGAGCGAGUCUCGCGAGGCGUCACUUGAUCGAAUUACUGAAGUCAAACCCAAAGAGUUACCCAAUCGUGUUACUACCCGGCAGCGAAGGUCGAAGACGUGUUCUUCGAUCACCGAGAAACACCUGAAAGAGUUGAUAAAAGGAAGAACGAGCGACUACUUUAAUGUCGACGAGGACAACUACGCGACGACGGACGGAUACGAUGUCGGUAAGAUCAGACCGUUGGUGAAGAGGAGUAGACGAGCGGUCACCAUAUCUUCCACUGGCGGUAGCAGGAGAGGCAGCAGAGAUACCGAAUUGUCAUUGUGUUCGAUGGAAAGCGAAGGUAGAGAGGAGGAGGACGGUCAUGGGACUCAGAAGAGUCGGUUUAGGGCAGUAAUAGCGAGACUGAAGCGACCGUUUGUGAGGGGUCGUCUACGGCUUCUUCAUAUGCGACGAAGCAAGUCGACGUCGCAUGAUGUAUUACGGACGUCGACGCCCAUCAAGAUCAAGCCGAAGUCUCAUUCGCUAACGAUGGUGCAACAACGGCUUCAGACUUCAAUGGACGUCCCGAUGUGUGUCGCGUUGCCGUCGGUGAUGAGGCCUCGUAUGCCGAGUCCAGGCAGAGACAAGAAAAAUCGGAGAUCAAGUCGUCGGAGUAGCGGCGGCACGUGUGGAGACGGGAUUUAUUCGUCGUUAGGCUCGUCGAACUCUGACAGUCUCAUUGACUCGGACAUCGACGAGAAGGACGACGAACCUCCACCGGUCCCGCCUCGUCCGAGUCAAGUGAAUCAACAGGAAAGACGCGAGGGUGUGGGUGAGGGUGAGGAUAUCGUGGGAAACGAUCCCAACCGGCCAGUGUCGGCGACAUACGCGAGUAUCGAUGACGUCGGGGUAAAACCGGAGACAUCUCGUCCGCCACCUCUCCUCUCUGUUGUGGAGUCGACGUCAGGAGAGAGACCCAAGUCUCCACCCCCUCGACCUCCCAAGGAAGAAAAACUGACGCCUCCACCUCUACCUGAGAGACGACGCAUUGCGACUCUGGCAACUCUGCCUGGGCGAAGGACGGAGCCACGCAUGCCACCACCGCCGCCGCUCCCGACAGCAAGUGGUAAUCCAUUAGUAUCAGGCGAUGUGAACACACCACCGGAGGUCCCGCCUCGUCCUCGAGCUGUCACCUUACCUGCGUUGUUUCCAAGCCACAUGGACGCGGUGACCGAGAGUGACUAUCUCGUUCCCAUUGAGGAGAUCCUUCGUAACUCGCGCAACAACGAAGACGCACAAUCACGUGAUACAGAGACGGAAACGUCACUAACGAGCGACUCGCGGUCUGUACCACCACCUCAAACGGUCACACGUAGUAAGGACGAGGAGGACGGUGACAGUCAGGUGGUGGUGGCAUUACCUAUGAGUGUGGCAGCCACGCCCAUGGGUACCACCAACAGGGCGGAGACCGAAUGUAACGAGACGUCGUUGUGCUCUCUAUCCUUGCCACUUAUGAAUGGAAUAACAACAACGGGCGUUGAGACCGACGAUUCAGCGUGUGAUAUCUCGCCGGGCGUCUCCUUCACGACCGACGACCUACCGCCGCUUCCGUCUCCUUCUGUUGAACUCGCCUAUCGACGUAGCAACUCGGAAUCAUUACUGGACAGUUUGACAGACGACACGUCGACGACAGUCAGACAUUUGCUCGCUGGUCGAUCGUUGGACAGUCUGGAAGAGAUGCAGCCUGUAGUGGAGACGGAGAGCCGUGUGAUGGUCGAAUUCACUCGAGUCGAACAAGACAGCAAGAUUGGUAGCUUGAAACGACACGCUACAGACAGUGAUAUUCAUAACCCCGAGAAGCACUCGGAUAUGCCCGAUGAGACUCGGAUUCGUUCGAACACCGUUUCGAGGAUGAGGGCGUCGGUGCGGCAGACACGCGAACGACUGGCGAGUCAUUCGAAAGGGGUGAGGCAUAGUUUUCUUGAACAAGAGCGGAUUGCGACGCUCGUGGGACUCGGUCAAUCGGAAUCUGGGGAGAUAAGCGAGGUGACGGCGGCGGCAGAAAGGGCUCGGCUGACCAUCCUGCAUUCGGGACCAAAGUUGCUGGCUCUUCGUAAGAGACGAACUCCCAGUCGAAAAAUCGGCGGACACAUCAGCAAAAUGGCGGCGACGAAAAACACAAAGCUGGGUUUUAACAUCGAAAAGUUUGUUUCUAAAAUUAAGAGCCACACGCAUGACGAUCCUGGACAUCUUGUGACAGAAAUACGAAACUUUCUGAACCAGUUGAAGAUGUACCUUCUCAACGACAGUGAAUCAGAGCUUGCCGGCGUGCUCACGAAGGAACCGUGCACAGACGAUGUCAACCUGGAUGCCGUCGUGGAAGGCGUUCUCGUGCAGGCGGUCAUUCGACCUCUUCACAAGAGAAUACGUCGCUGUUUCAGUGGCUACUACGAACAAAACGGGUCGCUGCAGUUGUUGUCUGACAAUUUGCAUUUGGCGUCUCAGAAGACGCCCGUGCAGCUGGGUGUGAAGGAUGAUCUGAUUCCACCACAAGGACCUUCGCUUGAUCACAUCCGCGGGAGACUGAACAAGAUGCAGGCGAGUCACUCGCCAUUGUGCAAGCUCGAGCAUCUCCUCGCCACGGUCGACAUCAUCUACCAGAGCGUGAAGAAUUCGAAGACUGAAGUUGCAGGUGAAGACUUGGUGCUGGGAGCUGACGAUUUUCUACCGAUUUUUAUCUACGUUCUUGCUCAAGUGCAGUUCCAUCAUGCCGAGAUUGAGGCCGAAUACAUGUGGGGCUUACUCGAUCCCACGUUGCUGUCGGGCGAGGGAGGAUACUACCUGACGACACUCAGCAGUGCAGUGAUGGUACUGAAGCAAAUUCAUGAACCGACUGAGUGUGACGGUGCUCCGAAUCGAAAGAGAAGAAGACCGACUCGGUUGCCACGGAUCGGUGACCUUCAAGGCUACAUGAGAGUUCGUAUGCCCGAUGAGUACAACACAAAUAUAAACAUGGCCGUGUUCAAGACAUUGCCGAUCGGUCCUAAGAUGACGGUGCUGGAUGCUUGUCACUUGAUCGGUCAAAAGAUGGCAAUAAAUAACCUCGAAAACUACACACUGUACAAAGUCAUUGAUAACAAAGAGACUAUACUAGAAGACGACUUUCAUCCUCAGCAUCUCAAGAUGGAGUGGGUUUUGCUCGAUUUGGAGGCUGAGCACGAAGGGAAGAUGCAGGUAGAGAGAUAUUUUGCUUUCAAACGAAAGCCGUUUACGGAUCUUUAAUUUAAUACACGAAUUUUUUUUGAGACGGAUAUGGUUGGGUUGUUGACUCGUUUAUAAGUUAACCGAUUUAUUUCACCUAGUGGCCUGUGAAGGAAGGCAUAGAUACUAGGAUUUUGCAAGUAUUUGUGUGGUUGUAUAAAUGCUGGAAGCUACCUUUUGCUUUGAACAUUUUUAAUUAUGGAAGAAUCAUUUGUUUGUUAAAAUAAAAUUCGUGUGGAGUGUGUCGGCCACAGGCUAA